AUGAUCGAAGCACCUCACACCUCCGCCAAUGGCACCAAUGUCUCUAGUCCAGAGCCUUACACCGUCUCCGAGAAGAUCUUGGGCGAAGCCCGCCAUCUGCGGGUGAUAUCUGUUGGUGCAGGAGCCUCUGGCUUAAACCUGGCACAUCAGAUCAGUCAACAUAUGCGCAAUAUUGACCUGACUAUCUACGAGAAGAACCCUGAGGUUGGGGGGACUUGCUACUCGCGGGCACCCGAAAUUCUGGAAUACUUCAAGAAUGUUGCUAAGAAGUACGACCUUUAUCGAUUCAUCAACUUGAACCACAGCGUCAUCAAUGCCGAGUGGGUAGAAAGUGACUCAAUCUGGAAAAUCAAGGUCCAAGACAAUGCCACGGGCAGGAUCAUUGACGACUGGUGUCAUUUCAUGAUCACUGCGUCCGGCAUUCUCAACAACUGGAAGUGGCCUGAUAUUCCGGGUUUACACAGCUUCAAGGGUGAACUCCUUCACAGCGCAGCGUGGAACAAGAAUGUCUCAUGGGAGGGCAAGACUGUUGCAGUCCUUGGCUGCGAUGUGAAACAACUCGUCACAUUUAUUAGGACUCCGACAUGGAUUACAGCUGGAUUUGCUCAAAACAAGGCAGGCCCGAAUGGAUCAAACUUUGCUUUUAGCGAGGGACAAAAAGAACAAUUCAGAAACGAGCCGGAAACUUAUCUAAAAUAUCGAAAGGAGGUUGAGCAUGAGCUUAACAGCCGAUUCAGAUUUAUUAUUAAAGAUAGCCCGGACCAAGCUGAAGCUGUUCGUUUCUCGAUCGAUGAGAUGAAGAAGAAGCUAGGCAAAGACUCGCCUCUCCUCAAAUAUUUGAUUCCGACAUUUGCUGUUGGCUGCCGCAGACCUACCCCUGGAAAUGGCUACUUGGAAUCUCUUGGGAAGGAGAAUGUCAGAGUGGUCACAGAUAGCAUCUCUGAGAUUGUACCGGAAGGAAUAAAGCUAUCUACUGGCGAGGUUAUCGCUGUAGAUAUGUUUAUUUGUGCCACGGGCUUUGACAUCUCCUUCCGUCCACGCUACCCCAUCACUGGACGCAAUGGGAUUACUCUGGGCGAUCAGUGGAAGAAAAAGCCUAGCGCUUACUUAUCUCUUGCGGUACCUAACUUUCCAAAUCACUUCAUGUUCCUUGGUCCGAGUGCACCAAUUGGACAUGGCUCUGUCCUACCCAUCGUUGAGCAUUCGACCAAGUAUAUCCUCAAAAUGAUACACAAAUGCCAGACUCAGGAUGUCAAGGCCGUUACUGUGAAUCAGCAAGCAGUUGACGACUUUGACGAGCAUAUCCAGGUCUUCAUGCAACGCACAGCCUGGACAACUCAUUGCCGAUCUUGGUUUAAGAACGGUACCGUGGACGGCCCUGUUGUUGCCUUGCACCCUGGCAGUCGAGUUCACUGGUUCCACAUGCUAGACGAGCCGCGCUACGAGGAUUAUGCCUGGGACGGAAUCAAAAAGAACCGCUUCAGUUAUUUGGGCAAUGGCUUCUCAUCAAAGGAGGCGAAUGGUAAAGACACCGCGUACUACUUCGACAACCCUACUGCCGGCUACGAGUGGGCAGCAGCAUGA